AUGGAUAUCCAUGAUCUUCAGAACUUUCAGGUAUCCAUUUUACACAUUCAAUAUUUCAGCGCAUCAACUGACAUUCGCUAAUUCAAUUGUUCCUUAUAUUCACCUUUUUAGUUGACUUAUUGCCUGUGUUAGGUGGCAGGAAGAUGUACGCAAUUUCCCAGAAGACCUGCGGUAGAUAGUUUGAUGCAGAGCCUACGUUUUUGUUCCCUUUCUGUUGGCCGUAGCCCACACAUCGGCAUUGCGCCUCAUAUCUUAAAGAUAUUUCUAACUCGUCCCAUUCUGGAACUCUACGACAAACGCGAUUGUAAAAAUUGUCCACCACAAAUCAUGUCUGCCCUUCGAUCCCGAGCUGGACUUUGCUAAAGCAGAUGUUCCACGACACUUUGCAUCCAGUCUCAUAUGUUGUACGCCUUGUUACUGGCUAAAUGGUUUCCACCGUCCUGUGUAUCUGCUGCAGUGGAUCAAUUCCAAACCGCCUGGUCGGGAUUUGAGGCUUCAUUCGCCAGCGAGCGGAAUCACACAUCUGAUGAAUGAACCACUAGUGGCACUGCUAGGAUUUGACGACAAACUACCCUGUGAAAUGCCGCAAAGCCCAUGGUGAUCAUGAACCGUCAUUACCUAAUAAAUUCUCGUCACCUCGCCACCCCGCAGUUAGGUUCCGUCGAUCUGACGUGCUAGAUAAACAAUCUGGACGGCACUGAAAGAUUCGCGUGUGCCUUAUUACCUCCAGUCAUCACGAAAAUCGAUUUGUUAGACCAGACAUGAUCCAAGUUGCAUCGAACUAAACAGAAGUUAACUUUAAUGUCUACAGGCAUUUUCUCAUUGCAUAACUCGUAAGACUAUGGCUCAUAUAUGGCGCCUUCUUUGACGUUUAUGUUGUCAACCCACACGCAAAAAACGGCUUAAAUCUGAGUCGGUCUAUACACGACACGGCGGUUCGACCGUCGUGACCGACGAUGUCUACCGUGUGCCCCAAACCAGAGAGAAAGCAUGGGCGGUGACUUACACGUAUAUUAGUAGUAGACCUGUGAUGCACUUACCGCACGCCCUUCCUCCCCACCCGGGCCCGGUUUCAAGAUGGAGUCAAGAAGAUCAGGGGCGGGAGAUGGCGCAGAUGCUGACACGGCGAGAAAUCCACACCUCCCGGCCCACGACGUACACUGACAAGAGAAUAGUGGGGUGGCGCGGAUCCCAUUUGGCACAGCGCGCGCCCUCAAUCAGGCUUGCCACCACACCCCCAAUGUUGUCAUUUGUUAUGGGUGCGCAUUCCCGAUACCGCAUGCCGAGCUCCGGUCUAGCCCGUUGGCCCAGCGCAUCUACCGCGUGGCCCGUUUUAGGGGCAGGGGUUGGUCUGUACUUGUUGGUAACUUACGCUCGUAGUUUACUCACCACCUUUUCUGUUUGCGUAUUUCAAACACAACCAUACACCAUCCUCAAGUUCCAUUCCUAGUCUUCACAACUUACUAUCGAGGCCAUGCGCUCGUCCUGUUCCUCAUCACGAACAUGGAAUUUCCUGCUAUUGUUCGCCGUAUCGCCGACGACUUCGCAAAACCGUUUUUGAGGAGCAUGAUAAUGUUGAUCACUAUUUGGCCUUUUCCAAAAUAUCAUUUGGAAACCACAUUAUUAUCUCUAAACCAAGACUUCCCAACAAAACAACCUCUACACCGUAAAGUGGAGCCCGGUAUUUGUGUUCUAUGCUUACGAAAAAAUUUGCUGGUCUCGCAUGUGCUGGCCGCGGUCGCAGUCUGCUGAAAUGUUCAUCAACUUCCCUCUAUGGGCAUUCGGCCGCCCCACUACUUAUGUCAUCCCUGCCUUGAGUUUCCAACAAAAGCACACAUUCUUGUCACCAGGUCUUGCACAACACGCCUGUCUCCUUCAUUUAGGUUUAAGCUUUUACUUUUACUUAGGCGAAUCGUCGAGCCGAUAAUUCCGACAAAAGUGAUAGGGUUUCAGGAUUUUCCUUCCUAUCUAUCAAAUUCUCUCUUAUACCUUUGAUUAUCAAAGAUCGAUUUUUGUCGGAUUGGUUUUGUGUGCAUCUCAACUAACGAUGCCUUUUUUUAGUUUGACGACAGUGUGACCGAAAUUUGCCCUGAAACCAACCGGAACUUGCGUAAAUUUCUUCAGGCCGCUCGUAUCGAAAACAUGUUUUUGAAGGACGGUCGUCCCAUAACAGAUCCCGAAGUUUGGAAUGAGAUAAGCAAAGAAGUCCUCAUCCCAUCGAUAGCUGAUGAGCAUGGGUAAGUUUUCCAUAUGGUUUACCAUCUCUUUUUCAGACGGACAAUCUCGCUGAGCGAGGCAUGCCUUAGUGGCGACGAGGAAGCUGUCAAACUGUUUUUGUCAUCUGGCGAGUGUGAUGUUAAUGAAAUUGGAAUCGACGGGGAGACUGUGCUCGCUUGCGCUGUGUCUAAAAAUGCGGUCCCCAUAGUUGAACUCCUCCUCCAACGGGGCGUAAGUCCUUUCACUUCCUUAUGUUUGCAUAUCUAAGGCGGAUCCGAACCCCAAGGAGAAGAAAGUCGAGUCCGUUCCACUGAUUGAAGCUGCGAAAGAUGGGCACACCGAUGUUGUCAGGCUCCUGCUGCAGUACGGUGCGUCCGUUUCACAGGUGUCCAGCAAUGGCUAUACUGCACUUCACUACGCCGCAACAAACGGUCACCUCGAUUGCGUGAGGCUCUUGCUACAAUACAAAAGUCCUUUGGAGGUCCAAAAUGAGAAUGGCCACACUCCCCUUAUGGAGGCUGCAAGCAACGGGCACAUUGAAGUUGCCCGGUGCCUCAUUGAACACGGCGCCUACAUUAACACUUAUUCUACCGAGUUUAAGGAAUCCGCACUGACCCUUGCAAGUUACAAGGUACUUUUGUUCCUCUUUAUUGGCGUCUCUGUCGAACAUACCAAAAAAUAACACGUUUUAAUAUCUUUAGGGACACGCCGACAUGGUCAAUUUCCUCCUAGAGAACGGGGCCGAUCACGAGCAUCGAACCGAUGAAAUGCACACCCCUCUAAUGGAGGCGGCGAUGGAGGGGCACGUAGAAGUCGCAAGGCUUCUCCUAGCUCAUGGGGCUAACGUAAACAUUCCCCAAGACAGCUUUGAGUCACCGUUAACCUUGGCGGCUUGUGGCGGUCACACGGAGCUUGCUCACCUUUUACUCGGCUACGAGGCGGACAUCGAAGAAGUGAACGACGAAGGGUAUACCCCUCUUAUGGAAGCAGCUAGAGAGGGUCACGAGGAGACGGUCGCGUUGCUUCUCGCUGCUGGUAAGUUCUGUCGAGGCAAAUCCCUCUUUCUGUCAUUUUCAACAGUCAACCCCAGAAAGCCAUUUAUAAAGUUUAGCGUUCUCAUCGCACUUCGAACACGUUUCGUCCCAGCUGGGCCUUGUGACCAGCUUUGUCACGACUCCUACUUACGAACGCUUUUUAUUGCAAUUUAUGUGUAGGUGCCGACGUGAAUGCAAAGACCGACGAAACCCAGGAAACCGCCCUGACUCUAGCGGCAUGUGGAGGUUUUAUUGAGGUCUGCGACAUGCUCCUCAAUUCUAACGCCGACAUCGAGGUCGGUAGUGCUGGUUGCUCAACACCCCUCAUGGAGGCCGCUCAGGAAGGCCACCUGGAACUUGUCCGCCGCCUUCUUCAACGCGGAGCAAACGUGAACGCCAUGACUGCCACUGGAGACACAGCCCUUCAUUAUGCCGCCGAAAAUGGUCAUGUCAAGGUAUGCAAGGAGUUGCUGAAUUGGAGGGCGGUAUUCGGAGCCCUCGUUGAAGGCUGCAAAACUCCUCUGAUGAAGGCAGCCAGAGCUGGGCAUUUGGAGGUCGUCCAACUAUUUGUUGAAUGGGGAGUCCCUGUCAACCAAACAACUAGCAGAAACGACGCAACUGCUCUUUCCCUGGCCUGUAAUGGUGGUCACAUAAACGUAAGUUGUGUUUCUAAAUGCAAGCCCUAUUCUCAGCCCAAAUCUUCGAUUUGUUUACCUGCUUGUUUCUCGUUUAUAGGUUGUUGAAUACCUCCUUAAACACGGAGCUGACCCUCAGCACCAAUUGAGUGACGGUUGCACCAUGCUCAUCGAGGCUGCUCGCUCAGGAAGCCCUUCUGUCAUGCGCCUAAUACUGGAUUUUCCAAAAAGUCUCUCACAAUCGCUAGUUCCUCCCGUUCUUCCCCAAAACAAUCAACAACUUACUGUUCAGCAAAUACACAAUGGUUCUUCUGUGAACGCUGUCGGAAUGAUGCCUCCGCCGUUGCCAGUCGGGGCUGCAGCAAAUGGUGUUCUAGACCAGUUGGUUGUUGGCCCUAUUCAUGGUACCGGCCAUCCAUCGGCCGCGGCGGUGGAGACUGUAAGGCAAGCUCUGAACACCCAGCAAGCGCCCUCCAGGCUGAACGCUGCUUUGGCAAAUGCUUACGCCGUCGGUUGGGCAGCAGGUGCUGCCGCCUACGCUCAGCAGCCCCAACAACAACAACAACAGCAGAAUCAAGCUACCACAGCCUCUGUGUCAGGUAGGCCUUCCGAUUCCCGCUUGGCAUCUUUCUAUGUAGCUCAGGCAGGCAGUAUCCUUACCUACACCACUUCCAUUUGUAUCUCAUGCACAUCACUUGACUAUACUCUUUUUUGUCUUUGCAGCAGAGGCCCAUUCAUGUGGUUCUUCGGGUUCUGCGACCGCGUCGAAUGCCCAGGCGGCGGCUACACAUGCACCAAAUCCGCAGGGCCAUCCCCAAAAGGGCUUGCGAUUUUCGCAGACUCCUGGUGCGCGCGGCUUGUUGCCUAAAAACUCGGAGUUGGCUGCAGCUGGUGACUCGGCGGAAUCUGCACCAACUAAUUUGAAACCUGGCGAAAAAACAAGUGCCAUGAUUGAGGCUCAUCAUAGCCAGUCUGCUAUCGAGUCCACUAGCGUCGGAGGCGUCUGCCCGUCGUCGUCCAUGUACACAGACGAGCUUGGCUCUGAACUGCUGGUGAGUCCUUUUUUCGCACAUUUUUCGUCCUAUCUGCCCAUAGACUCCCACUUUACUUUUUUAAAAAAAACUGUUUUUUUCCUUUAUGCUCUUCCUAUCUUUAUCUUAGCCUACCUUUUGUCCUCUGCUAACACAGGCGCUGUUCCAAGAAUUGAUGCCAGACCUGAAAGCCGAUAAGGCAGAGCUUCUGCGUCGCAUUGAAGCCAUGAUGUGCCCUCGGGCUUCACGCUCGCCAGUUGGUCAUCACCAAACUAAUGCCUGUUCCAUUGUCAAUACGUCCUUUGAAACCGCUGCUCUGCGACAUCUGGUUAAACAGCAGAAACUGUUUCAACAGACUGACGCAGCAGCACAUGGCGAUUCGGCGUCAGUAGAGACGGCCGUCGUUGAAUUUCCGCAGGGUGCGGAGAACCUGUUUUCACCACCUCCGCCCCCUCCACCAUCUGACUUAAAUCAGUGGGAUGCUCUCUCUCUGCACGAGGGGUUCGCUGGUGGACCAAUCGACUACACCUCUGUUACCGCAGGCGAUGCCAACUUGUCCUUGGCCGAGACGGAAUGUGCUGGAGAAUCGGUGAAUAACAAACAAUUCUCAGCCAUCGGGACCAAUUCUUCCGCUUCGUCCUCGUCAUCUUCAACGACUGGGUGUUCAUCUUCUGCAUCCAGCGCUUUUAGCAUUUCGACCCAACUUGUCGACGCCUCUGCGCCCUACAACUACGUCCGACCGUUACCCUUGUCUAAGACAAAUCGGGAUCAAGCAGUAAUUUCAGAAGCCUACAAGACUACCCUCUCUUCCGUCACCCCGACGACCCCAUCUGUGCCACAAAGCUUGCUAACAGACGAAUUAGUCACAUCGGAAGCACUGGACACUUAUAGACAAUAUCAGGUAUUGUUACAGCUUAUUACCACUAAAGAUCCGGUAAUAAAUCUACUGAAUCCACUUUGGCUUACUAGACAAGUAGAACCAGUUUCGCAAUCAUGAUUAGGUGUGCUGUCGUGUAGCGAAUUUCAUUUAUAUGCGCAAUUAUCCCCCAGUAUGUACAUUCAUGGACAGUAGUUCUCUACAUGCCGUUGUCAUGCCGUUUAGAUUUCUGUUGCGCACUGUUGGGCCGGCCAGUAUUGAUGGUUCUGGAUCCGAACACGGAAAAUAACUCCUGAUUUCUUCAGAAGCUUUCUCGGCACUUGGGUAGUGCAAAAACCGUUUUGGUAGCGUGGCACAGAUCUUCCCGUCAUCAGACUGUCGUACAGUUUUGCAACUGUGCUGUUUUGAAUAGGAUCGGGCUGUGGUAUUUCGGGGAGCGAUUAUAGAAUGUCUAUUUUUGCUAUGAUAGACUGGUCAUUAAAUGUCCUUAAAAUACGAAAUGCCUGAUUCCAAGGAUUCGGUAGUGAUCGACAGCGACAAUAAUAUUCUCCCUCAGGGUGAUUCAAGUCCUGUUUCACCGCUCGCGAUGGGCUUGAUGGAAUCCAUAGUUUAAUGUUGCUCAAGUCCCACCCUGGUGUUGAAUUGAGUUGUCUCUCGUGUCCGGCCACUCUUAGCUUUGCUGAGUUGCCAGUUAAGCCUCAACAGCUGACUUAGCUGCGGACUGUUUCACCACUCAGAACCUCUCUUAUUCAAUUUCCACAGCUUCAUUUUAUUAUCACACUCUGGACACUACCGUUAUCUGUGUGUCCGGUUGUGGAAGGUCGUAUUUGGUGUUUCACUUCCGCGUCUACACAUUGUUAGGUUUCUAAUCCGAAUAAACAGUAAAUGCUGAGUGUAUCUUUACCGUUAUUGACGUCAUCAAAAGUACCUUCUCUGUGAAGGGGGUUGUCUAUUCGAACUACCAUACUUUUAGAAUAGCAGAUCGACGGUAAGAAUCCUUCUUUAUUGCUGUAUAGAACUGAGUGGUAGUUAGUGCAUCAGAGGACACUUUAAAUGUCACUAUAUAGAGACGUAAAAUACCAGCAAUGUCAGAAGUCUCCUGGACAUUUAGUUUGUCAUACGUACCUCGCGUUCGCAGCCCUCUCGAAUUAUCGAAAGUGAGGCUUGUAAUCCUAGAUGGUUCCUCUCGCCUAAUAAUGAAAGUCCGGGGUGACAACAAUGCCUCAGGUGUCAGUUAUUGUCAGAAGUAAUGUAUUUUUCGACUCUGUUUGCCUUUUCCUGCUCUAUGGUGUCGCCUGACUGUCCUAUCCCUGCCUUCAUCAUUUCUGCAAAGGUUUCGUCCAAGGUCACAUGCCCAGUUGAGGCGGCACGUUCGCUGGCACAAGCGAUUGCUUCGUCGACAUGUCAACAACAGCAACGUGCAUCUGCCCAUUGCUCGACGACCUCCAUGCAGGCCACCGGUCCGGGUUCCGUCGGCGUAACUGACCGGAACUCCCUGCACCUGCUGGUUCCGCAGGCGCCUGUUGCCCCGUGUGUGUCUUCAGCAUAUGAUGAACUGUUGAACCAGCAACAACCGUCACCAGCAAUACAAAUACCACAAACUAUGAUUACGACCCCCACACUUGCGCCUCCGCCCUCAUUUCCCUCGCUGUUUUCCGGCAGCACAGCACUGACAAAAGCCUCAACUACCGCAGCGGCGACCUCGGCCGCUGGUGGCACUGCUGUCGGCGAUGCCUCCGCAGUCCCGAUAAACCUUCCUCUGCCCUCGUCGCCUUGUCUUGCACCUGGAAUUCUGCCCACUGCGGGUGUCUUGCCGCCUGAAACAGGAGUAGCAGCAGCAGCUACAGGAGGCGCCACGGCAACUUCCAUCUCUCCAUCACCACCACAAGUCGACAUUAACGCUUGCAUAGAGUCCAGCAUGGAGUCUGCACUGACUCUAGCCUGCAACGGUGGUUUUGUGGACUUGGCGCGCCUACUGCUGGAGCGCGGCGCCGACAAGGAACACCGGGACAAGAAAUCCUACACGCCUCUGCACACCGCCGUUUACGCCAAUCAGCGGCAGAUUGUCUCGCUGCUGCUUGACUACGGCGCCGAUAUAGAGGCCCAGGUUGAGAGGACCAAGGACACGGCGUUGUCGAUUGCCUGUUCGCAUGGACGGCUAGAGGUGCGUUUCUGUUUAUGCAACACUUUGUACACUGUUUGCAAUGCCCAUCCACUUUGCUUCUGAUUGCGCUUUCUCUCUCUCCCACCCAACACAGAUUGCUGAAGAGUUGCUUAACCGCGGUGCCAACAAGGAACACAGGAACUUCUCUGACUACACUCCGCUCAGUCUGGCUGCAUCCGGUGGAUUUGUCGACGUAAUUCAGCUCCUACUGCGCCACGGCGCUGAGAUAAACUCUCGAACUGGCUCCAAGCUCGGCAUCUCCCCACUGAUGCUGGCCUCAAUGAAUGGUUUCACUGCGGCAGUUCGAGUCCUUCUGGAGCACGGUUCUGACAUUAAUGCUCAAAUUGAAACCAACCGCAACACGGCUCUCACUUUGGCCUGCUUCCAGGGUCAACAUGAGGUUGUGCAGUUGCUUGUCGAACGCAAGGCGAACAUAGAGCAUCGUGCCAAGACUGGCCUCACCCCUCUAAUGGAGGCCGCUUCUGGCAAUCACGUAAAAGUGGGCAAAAUACUGCUUGAUCACGGAGCUGAUGUAAACGCUCUGCCAGUUCUAAGCUCUCGAGACACUGCUCUCACUAUCGCUGCGGACAAGGGACGCACGGAGUUUGUGAAGUUGCUGCUGGAACGGUAAGCAUCAUUGAUCGUAUACAGCGUAUAUGGGUUUCGUUUCCGUGUCCUCAGGCACCAAUGGGUGACGGCUUUUGGUAACCCCCCCCCCCCCAACCUUUUUUCCCACCCGAUAUCGCGCGGUUAACAGCGUAUGGGGUUUAUCGUUCUACUUACAAAUAUAAAGUAGGUAUUUUUAUUCCGUGUUUUUAGUGGCGCCAUUGUCGAAGCCCGAAACAAAAAAGGUGCAACGUCUCUCUGGCUGGCCUGCAACGGUAUGCCACCAUCAUAUCUUCUCUUUGCACUGCCCUUGUUUCCUUCUGAUUGUUAUUGUUGGAGGUUACCAGCAGUUGUUUGAAAAGCCAACCUCACCGCCCGCAUUUUUCAUCUUCGACACAGGUGGCCAUCUAGAGGUGGUGCAGAGUUUAAUCGAUGCUCACGCCGACGUCAACAGCCAGGACAACCGUAAAGUUAGCUGCUUAAUAGCUGCCUUUCGCAAGGGGCACAUUAGUGUUGUCAAUGUCCUCGUUCAGCAUGUUACACAAUUUCCUUCUGACAAGGAUUGCCUGCGUCAUAUCAAGUCGAUUUCCGCUGAUAAGGUAUUUGAGCCUAUUUUUAAUUUAUAUUUUAUUUAUCUACUAUAACUGCUUUAUAUCCUAAGAUUUACUUAUUUUGGUAUACACUCGUCUUGUUUUGGCCUUCUGUUUUGUCUGGAGACGAUUGUUACUCGAGAUUUUGAACUUUUAUACCUACUCAUGUUACAUGCUCACAUUUCUUGUUUGUUGAACCGGUGCAUUGUUUUAUACCCCUUGCAAGUAGAGUGGCCAUUCUAAAACGCCUGUUUGCCGAAACAAGUUGGAAUUACUGAUUUCAAACUGCCUUUUGUUGGACUUAACGUGAAGUUUGUACUUGGGACUUAUCUUAGAGUACUCGACCGUACUCAUGAGCUCUCUGUCCUGUGUUUUUUGUGGUAUUCGAAUGUGAGCCUAUGUCAUGUCAGCAUCAGCGGCGGUUUUCAUCCAUCUUUUUUUAAAUGGACGCGAACCAUCUUUCAGUUUGGUGUUCUAUGCGCAUUAGUGGCUCUCUCCCAAAGUGCACUCCGUACGAACAGUCUUCUCUUGCAACUGCUUCGGCAUUGGAAUCAUUGCCCUCCCCACCCCCUUCCCAUUCCGUCUGUCGUGUCUGAGGAAAAGAACACUAGCCGGGGGGACGACGAUUGAGAUGGCUGGCGUGUGAUUUGACUUCAGUGAGGGAGGCAUGCACAACCCUGGUCCCGCUCUCUCCAUCCACCCGUGUUGUAUGAUUAUGCCACAGGCAAGACGACUUACGCUGAGAUAUGGUACAGUGACCCAUCUUGCACAUUAUUCCGCCAACGUUUCUCAUUACAUAGUGGUCCAUCUUCCAAAAGUAAACCAGACCCGUCAUUCACCAGUAUGGCAUAGACAAGCCAGCCAAACCUACUGUCUCGCCGCCAGUCAAAAUGCCAGUCUUAGGAUCUGGCCUCUACGCCCCGUGCAGUUCCAACGCCUUUUAAGGCCAGAGUGGGGUUACCAACCUCUUGCUGUUUGACACCGGGAGUCAUCAUCAUUUCGUCGAAACGGGUACCCCUAUCUGAGCAUUCCGUGCGCUUCGCCACCGUAAGGUGUUAAGUGAGCAUUAUCGACACCGUGAGCCUUUGCUCUGCCCGUAGUCCAGCGUCAGCGAUUCCAUGCCUUGAUUGUAACAAAUACUACAGAGGGCAAGGUAUGAAGGGAAUUGAAAACAGACUUGGCAACCUAGCAAGGGUUGCAAACCACGAGAGUGAUUCAAAGUACCACCCUGUAUUUCUGAAUUUCAUACUUGACGGUGUCGAACGAAAGUUUUGGGCGGUCCUUAUCGGAUGGGUUAUGUAACCGCCCCCGCCUUUUAGUUAUCAGUUUAAUAUGUUUUUUUUUCUGCUUCUCCAAAUCCAUAUCAUCCCUCGGUUGUCGCGUCUUCUCUACCAUUUAACCCAGCCUGUUCUUUAUGAGACCUGUAUUACCGAUGAAUGACAACCUUCUCAACUUGCCCAACUAGUGGAUAAUGAUGUAAAUCCUAUAGUCCAUCUGGUCGUGGUCACUCGUUUGUCAGAAUCGGUGAGGAUCACUUAAUUCGGCGGCCGCUUUAUGCCAACUUCAUGAUCUGGUUGUAGUCCGUUGAUUAACUCGUCAACACUAUUCGGCUUCUUUGGUACGGUCGACUCCAGCGAGUGUUGAAAAGACAAUCCCGCCGCUGUUCGUCCACUCUCCCUCCAGGCUGAGACUUCUGAGCCUUCUAAUUCCUCGCACAAAUAAGCGUCUCGGCGAGUAAGGUCAAAUUCUGGACCAUGUUGGGAUUCUCUCCCAUGCGCCCUCCAUUUUGCGUUAGAUGACCCAUCUGCCGAGCAGAUGUUUACAGUGGUCUGUUACCUGCGGGAGGAAGCCCCGUUCCGUCGUCAGUAUUCGCUAAGGUCCUCAACGAGUCGUACCCAAUCACUGCGAGCACAUGUGCGUCAGCCUUUGACCUGAUACCUCUAACGGUACAUGCGCGCACAUUCGAGGACUUCCUCCAAUCCGAACGCUACCACCUCUUUCUUCCAGCUGCUGCUCCGUUUCGUGUGUGCUUAUGCGCAUGUGUGCACAGUCGAGCACCACAUGACUGCCCUCGUGCCGGCCGGCGUGUGUGUGUGUGUGUGUACCACCUGCGCAUCCAUCAGCUGACUUGGUGCCACCAGCACACAAAGCACCCCUCCUAUCGACCCCGGCAGCGGCGGCGGUGGUGGUUUGUCACCCACCACCGCCUCUCCUAACGUCCUGCCCACGCACAUUAUAUGCAUAUACUCAUCGACGUCCUCGUCGACAUCCUGACUCAGGGUGCAUACGUCGUUCUCUGGGGCGCACUAGUGUUUGUGCGUGUGUGUGUGCAUACACGCACACACGUCCCACAUUGCUUCGCACUCACUCGAACUUUAGGAUGCGGUGCCCAUUCCGCCGCUUUGCCCUGCUCGCGUGUGUGUGUGUACAGCCUAGCCAAGUCUGAACCCGCCUACGCGUGCGCGCACACACCUCAGCCGAUUCUCAGCUCGCUAUUGGCCGCCAGUCCCCGUCGCCUAGACUUAGUUUUUAUAUCGCGCAUUCGUUAUUAUUUUCACCGCUCAUCUGUCAGUGAACGCUCCUCCUGGCGCUCUCGUACGCACACGCGUCUGCGUCGACCUCCUUGCGCGAUUUACGCGACUGUCAUGUCCGCGUUCCAUCAUUCUCUCCUCCUCCUCACUGGAUGACUAAUUUCCUCCGCUUGCAAACGCACUUGCGGCGAAAUGCCGCCUUCAUAGCGCGUCGAGGCGUUGCCCAGAGCAUCAAGUUCUGCGGUCCUGCCAAUCACAUGUCCGUAGAUGCACUGAUCCCAGUCGCGCCGAUUGCUAUACCUCUGGAAUUGGCUCGUUAUCCGCCGCUCAAGCCUUUCCUCUCACCGGACUACGUCCCUUUGAGGCACCAAAAAUUGGUCGACCUCGUCUUUACUGGAGAGACCGAGUCACCCAUGGAUGUUUCCCUCCUUCUGGGUCUAGGCCCAUUGAGUAUGUCAACCGUCGGGCCUCUUCCGCUGUCAGAUAUUCCUCAGAUUUUCAGUGUAGCCGUUUUGUCGCCCCCCGGCGUGGAUUUUAAAUCGGAGGAAGUGAGUGUAGGUCAUCUUUUCGACUUUUUCGCGUCCUACUUUGUGUUUGCUACCAGGUGGCCACAUAGGGAUUCCCCUGUCAUCACUUUAACCUAGAUCCACCUCCACUUUUCAUCUCCUUGUUUUGCCACCACAUGCGUAACCCGAUGCAGACCCCGUCUUUGUGACCACGGUUGCCAUGCUGUACGUAUCGCUCUAAUUACUCCGACAGUUAUUUUUUUUCAUCGUUGCACGACUAAUGCUCUUCGCAUCAGUAGAUCGCGUAAAAUCCUCGCUUGUUUUAAGGUUGUUUACCUGUUUUGGUGUGUGGAAUAUGUCACCGUGACGCCUACAGUUUCUGAAUCUUGCAGUAUUCUCCAACGACUUAGAGAAGAAGAAGUAACCUAAGGUUUUCGACCACUGUGACGGCUGGUGGUAUUUUCGUAUUGAGACCAGCAGCCCCAAAAUCGUCUUCGCGAUUAUGGACGACUAAGGGCCUGGCAUGACACCACUGCGCCCGUAGCGGCCACUUUCUCCGUCGUUCGAACCUGGUGUGAAUCGUGCGGCCGUUGAUGCACAUUGGAGCUAAAAAAAGUUGACAUCGGACCGCCGUUCCUGGGAAAGUUUCCGGCCAACUUCAAGGUGGUUCAUCGCAGCCCCAGGAAGUGGAUCAUUUUAGAUACCUCUUGACGAUGUCGUUGCCAAAUGAACGGCAUCGUCGCCCGGCUGCCCAUAGGGCUUUUACAAGCCUGUCGUGACUGCUUCACGCCAACACCCUACUAUCAUCAAGGUAUCACUUAAUUAAUCCAGUCUCAGGUGGACAAUAUCACUAAGUUAGUCAGCUUAACCACCACAAGUGCCACAAAGGCCGGUGUUUUUAAGCUGCACCUCUGCCCGGGAAGAAGCACAUCCCUUGAUAAGGGAAAUGACACAAAAGAAGUAGUUAGUCGCAAAUAUCACGAGCCGAAGUUGCUGCCAAAUGCACAUCGUUGCCGGAGUCUAUGUUUCGUAAAAGGUGCCCAUGGACCCUUUGUGAUAUCCCCCUUGCUGAUAAUUUUCGAGUGUACCAGUCGUCUGUCUGGUCAAUCUUACGGACGUGAAUCUUAGACUAACAAAAACUGGAAGUACCCUACCAGCGUUGCCUGAAAACUCUCACCCAACUAAUGUAUGCCGGCCCCGUCUGGAGUGAGACAGUCCGAAUCCACUUCAACAGCACCAUGUGGAUAUGUCUGACCGUCUAGGGAUGACAACUGAGACAGUUUGGAUGUCUUCUUCGCCCACCGCUGCUGCCUCGUCUAAGGACAGCGAACUGGUGGUCACCAGACUCGACGCAGUCCGCUUCUUGAACUUUUCGUAUUCAGUCCCCGUGGCUGAAGAAGAGAGUGAGCUGCGCUCUCUAGGCCCGAUGCCGCAGAUCACUACGUGUUGAGGGAUACGGUCCACGAUCUCUUCGAGACCGGCCAAGUUAGGCAUGGUUGCACCCACAAGUACAGUCUCAUUCAAAUGUUAGUGGUGUAUUGCGUUGUGUCGUCAUGGCCGCAUGAUCACCUGUCUUUUUCUACUCUGCAAACUUCAGCGAUCGGAGGGGCGGUCGCCUACACAUUAUCCCUGCCACAUUAACGCUGCCGGGUUAAGAUCAGAUAGGCGACUCUUUGAGCCAGUAUCUAGUUGACUGUCUGUGGACCACAACGUCCUCCAUUAAGUCUACGCAUUAGGCUUCUGACAGUCAGCACCUCGCCAUCCAUCGCACUCAGCGAGGUAUCAGUGACUUGCCUGUGUACUGGGUUAUCAUGGCGAAGACUGGUCCACUCCUCCGCCCACUCGCCAUGUUCCAAAGCGCGGACGCAGAGGCCAGCGAAGCCAAACCAGCCUUUGCUUGUGUCGGGUUUCGCGUUGAGUAGAGUGGGAUCCAGUGAACCCAUCAGUGUGCAGCCUCUCAAGCCAUGACCUUCAACUCGUCAGGCCUUUUCACGCUAAAUCUCCGUUGAACCAACCCCACUCCCCUCCUCGCCCCCAGCAUACACCAGUGGCGCGGCUGAGUCAUGUUGACCGAAGAGCAUGCACAGUGGCCGACAUGACUUUUUUCCCCAAGAAUACCAUCCGCCUUUGUCAGACGAUGUGGUGGGGGUUCGGCAAUACUACCUCAAAAACUACCUCACUUAUACGCCCGAUGGCAUGGUGACUCAUAGUCCAGUCCGCUGCCUGCUUUUUAAACCUUACUGCAUCUGGCGUCUGAACUCUUGUCAAAUGACCGAUGAGCCUUGCUCGUCGUGCUGGUUUGACCCGUGACUUACUUACCCUAACUCACUUCUCGUGAGCCGCCCUGCUUGUUCUCUUCGAAUUCACUUUUCCGACGCUCACACCCCUGAGGCAUAUUUUGUUGGGGCACUUGUUUCAGUAGACCUGUACUGACUGUUUUGCGCGCACUAGCCGUCCUCAGCCAAUGUCAGAUCAGAAGGACCUGAGAUUUUAAGCCCAGUCAGUUGCCUGGAAGUAGGCCAAAUUCAACCCCUCUGUCUCCGAUCCGCGUUCUGUCACCUUUGUGACUACGGCUGUCGGCACCGAUUGGGUCCUGUUGGGUCGCUAUUUCCAAAACUAGGUUAUAAUUGACUGACAGCAAUAACUAAACCAGAAGAUUCCUCGCCCUCUCCCCUUGCGCUUCUCUGUUGCAAUAAUUUAUCAUGAUAAUAGUCUCACUCGUGCGGGCGCCAGUCAGUCUUGUUUUGCCGGAGUUUGUUAUUUACGCCAAUGCUCGUUCACAUAAAACUCCUGUUGUCUUCUGCUCUGAACUUGGUGAAUGCAGUUUUUUCUCCAGGGCUUCACACCUCCUAAGUACAGCGCGUCUCGACCGUACACGGUGACGUGCAUAACUUCUGCCUUCAGCGCACAGUGCUCUCUGCGUGCUGACUGCAGUGCUCUGGGUGGUUUUACGCUCUGCUAGCUUACACCGUCAUGUCCCCACUUUUCACACGCACGGCGGCAGCCGUGUUUGCAAUCAGCUCUUACAUAGCUAGCUCCUUUAAGCAUGUGACCUUGUCCAUGGAUCGUUUGCCGCCCCAGGCCCUGCGCACAUAGCGUUCCACCAGCCUGUCACACGGCGACUUCAUUGAGUCUACAAACACCAGUGAGGUUUUUUAAACCUUCGUGAUUGCAUGCGGCCGUUUCUUGUUUUUAUUGCUUGCUGCGAACCCUAGCAGAGCGAUACCGCCGUCUCAGUUGUCCCGGUCUGGCGGCAUCUGGAACAAAGUUCGAAUUCUUCGGGACUACAUGGAGUUCUUCCGCGUAUCCGGCUAGUUACAGUGACUGACCGAUCUCAUGAAAUGUUGGCUGAAAUUCUGGAAUGCGUUUUCGAUUGGGAUGGGCUACAACGUCGCGGUUAUAAUACCGAUUUCCUUGCGACAUAAUCAUAUGAUAUUUCGGACUCGGCAGGACGUCAGCUUUUGAAUACACUUCUUGUCGAUCUCCUGUAUAAACCGUACUCGGUAAAGAAAUGACUGCUUCAGUAGCAUGCAUUUUCCCAUUGGUUUUCGAUGGCCUUGCAAGUUUAAAUACAUUUUACAGAAACCACGAGGAAGAAUAUGCUUUCUUUCAGUCAUUUGGUAGAGACUUACGUUUUCUUUAUAUUUGGUACUCGAAGAAGGAGUAGAACUAGGUUUUAAAAGAGUUUUCUAAUUCCCAAAUAAUUUAGAGCCUGAUCGGUCAUUGUAUUAGCGCUUAUUAAUUUCAGUCUACGAGGUGCAUGUGUUCAGCGUAAAGGAAAUCACCUAUUUUUCUAUGCCUUUAAACAGAUUCCCUAUAUAUUCCAUAAAAUUUUGUAUUGGAUGCGGACUAUGUCGCACAUUUCAUGAGGAGCAAUGGUAAAUGGACAGGUACGAUGCAAAAUGAAUGGACAUUGCGCGGUCUUUAAAAAUCUCAUGAUUGGAAACCUUUUUAAAACCUAAUUAUACCCCUUCGAGUAUAAAGUACGAAAAAAACGCAAUUCUCUAUCAAACGACUGAAAGAAAGCAUAUUUUUCCUCGUGGUUUCUAUAAAAUAUAUUUAAACUUGCAAGACCAUCGAAAAUCAAUUGGAAAAAUGCAUGCUACUUUAGCAGUCAUUUUUUACCGAGUACGGUUUCUACAGGAGAUUGACAAGCAGUGUAUUCAGAAGCUGACAUCCUGCGGAGUCCGAAAUAUCACAGGAUUAUGUCGCAAGGGAAUCAGUACUACAACCGCACCUAAGUAAUCCUUCCUAAUCGAAAACGCAUUUCAAAAUCUCAGCCAACAUUUCAUGAGAUCGGUCACUCACUGUAUGUUGCCAAUUGGAGUAGACGACAGGACACAUGCCUGUCUUAAUCCCCCAUAAAAUAUCUAACGUCCGCAGGAGGUUGUUGUGUUCGAUAACGAAGACCAUAUUUAAGCUUUUUAAGUCGGUUUUGGUCGUGGCAGCAGUUUCGGCAGGUAGUUGCCACCGUAAUUCCCAUCGAAAUCUGGGAGAGCGGAGGUCCGCCUCGGACGCCUUGCUGUUUCAUAGCGGUUUUUUUCAGGUAAAGGGUGUUUGGAAACCAACAAGACACUAUUUCCAAGGCUAGAUGAAGGCAUACAUAGGUGAUCUCAAAAGUCGACAAAGCGUUCAAUGUUGACCAAGUUGUCGGUAAGUGGUCAAUCACAUCACUCGAUACUGUGGACAUACGACUCCAGACAAGGGUCGUUGCUGACUUGUGGGACCGGCCCAUCGGAGGUCUACUUCAACGCGCACUAGUCCUUGCGGACUUAUCUUACCGAUUGCCAUUUGACGGUUUUGCUGUCCUCUCAUUUCCCUGCAUUCUCUUAUGUCUCGCCGUGCAGAACUUAAUUCGCCGACAGUGGAUGACGAAGGGUUUCCGGUAGUCACUGAGGUCAUACGCAGUUCCUCCAUCUCUAGUCCGCCGUCUUGUCAGUCAUCACUUUCGGACAGGGUGAAUUGUCGCCCUACUAGCAACUAAGACACGCCAGUUAUUUGCGGGCCAUACCUGCCUCCGUGGUGUGAGUGGAUUACCCCCCCUGUCUGCAACUGACGUGGCUGACUUGUCAAUCCACUGUGUUAGGCGUCUCUAGCUGUUGUUAUUUGGUAUGAAACUACCUCAGCGCUUCGUGUUAGUCGGUAGCCUUUCUCAUACUUAUUAGGACGCCUGCCACUUAGCUAAAACUUCGACAUGUUUGCGCACAUCUAUCCAGUUUUUUGCACUAGUAAAAAGGGAAGGCUGUUAGUACGAAAUGUCUUAGCACACAAAUGGUUUGACAUAAUCAAGAAUGGCCAAAAGAUUGCUGUCUUACGAUUAUGAGGCUGCCGACUGUGAUGCACUGUGAUUGCUACGUUCUGUUCAGGUUGAAGUGGUCGUCAACAGUGACCUGGUGAAUGGCACACACAACUUGAUUUGCCCCCAAAAUCGACUAACUUCAGCCCUAACAGCCCAGCAGGAGUACAACUGACGGAUUUUGAGCGAACGAGAUUUUAGCAUUGUGUGCAGUGGAUCGGAGUACGCCUGAAGAGAUCGGAAACUGUGCUGACUACAUUGUAGCUAGUGAAAGUAUUGUAAGUCUAAAAACGAACCCGGAGGAGGAGGAGGAGCACUACUGCCUGAGGUAUUUGCGGGUUGUACCGUGUGCGCCAUCCAGUGAAAUUUGGCGCUGGCGUUUUUAAAGACUCUGAAGAACAGGUUCACAAAGAGUUCCUCGCUAUUCGCUUAUUGGAAGUUUCGACGAAUACCGCUGUUGACAAAGAACCGCAAAGAAUGACAAACGUCUUAGACUGAGGAUCACAUUGUCUGGACAGAUCAGUGGCACCAGGGGGGUUUUCUCUGAUGAAAGGAUAUUCACCUUUGGUCUUCUGGACUGUUGGACUUGUAACUUGCAUGAUCUGCGCAGGAAACCGGUUUUCUGCGGUAGACGAUGGUGUGGAGACGGUCGUGUGAGAUGGCUUGGAAAGCCUUUUUCGCGCAAGCAGUUGGAAUUUAUGCUCAGUCAUGCGUACAGACACUUUCGCACUAGUGCCAUCCUUUAUGGGUCAAUACAACGAGGGACCUGUGGUGCUUCAACAAGGCCGCUGUCAUAUACGAAACGGUGACAAGGGAGCAAGCAAAUUGGAACAAUGGCCUGGCCAUCUCCGAGCCUCACUCUUAACCCAUCCGAGGACUGUUAUCCAAUCGUAUAUAUUACAACGUCGAAAAUGGCAAAUCAAGGGACCAACUGAAGGAGGCUAUUUCAGCAAGCGUAGAAUUCCUUGGGUGAACCAAAACUUAAAAGUUCAAUUUAUAUCACAAACACUUCCUGUGUUUAAAUUCUCAGGCGAAGUGGUCGCCGUAAAUCUUUUUUACAUUUUAAGAUAGGACCCGUGAAUCGGUAUCGCCCGUUUUACAGGUGACUUUUCGCUAAAUUGCAAGGGAGGCUAGGGUUAGGCCAUGGGAAUAGGUGUCUCCCCCCGGGAAUUUAGAGCAAUACGGGGACUGAGGAGGAGUUAGACAUUUCAGACGAAAAGAGCAGUAUCUGGGAAAAAGUGGAAGCGUGCGCGCCUCACAUUCUGACGCUUCCCGCACCACAAGUGCCUUUUAUGGACCUAUGAUACCUCACCAAGACGACUUUUGUAUCCAUGCGGCCCAAAAAACAACAGUGUAUAAGAAGCAAUAGGAUUGAAACAAUGAUCUAUCUUCGUCCCCUUAAACAUAUAAGGACUGUUAUUCGGGCGUGUAUAUUGCAGCAGUCGAAUUCACCAGUCAAAGGAUCUACAACGGUUGGGUGUGGGACCUAAACUAACUUGAGCUAACCUGUGGACCGUGUCAUGCGUUGAAUUGUGGUAGAGGGGGUUUUACGGGUGGGGCAACACGCAGGGCGGAGAGUAGGUGGAAUGCAAGAAGACAGAGAAAAUAAGUAAAGUUCUGCCGAGCAUCCUAUCGCACGCUGUCAUGUGGCAAGAAAAAAUGAGCGCGGUAAUUACGGAAUAUACGAAAAGUAACUUUCAAAAAAUAACGAAUUUUGGAUAAACUGUCGCUGACAAGUUUGCAUUUGGUCGGGAAGGUAAGGAAAUUUCAACCAAUGGGGACGGUGAACAAUAAGUGUUUACACUCACACUGAAUUUUAGUGUACAUGUAGGAAUCGCCAGCUACGUCGGGUCCUGUACCGUCGCUGACAAGUUUGCAUUUGGUCGGGAAGGUAAGGAAAUUUCAACCAAUGGGGACGGUGAACAGUAAGUGGUGUUUACAGUCACUGAAUUUUAGUGUACAUGUACACUUUAGUGUGCAUUUUAGUGUACACGUGGGGUCCUGCACCUUACCGCUACCAAGGGAUCAAUUGAAGAAGGUUAUUUAGCGAGCGUUGAAUGCCUUGAGUGUCCUGAUUAUUAUCGCGAGCAAACGUUGUUUUUAAAGCCAGUUAGAUCUGGGCAAAACUAUCGAAAUUUGAGUCAGAAGCAAGUUGUGGGACGGACUGAGCUGAAAAUUGCCUCCCCCUACGAUGGGCCGCACUGCGGAUGAGCAGGACCAAAACAGCUAACGGAGUGGUCCACGCCACCGACUUAUCGGACUGUGCAGACUCCACCGGAGCUCAUAACUGCUGCCGUGAAUGCGUGUAGCGUGCUUUAGAGAUAGGUUUUUGCGCCGCGCCCAAUCCCAUUAACAGCCGAUUUACGGGCACGGGCAGUUUACAGGUGCAUGGAUGAGGAAAAAGAGUGAAGCCGAUACUGGGAAUCCCCCCUCACACACACACACAUCAGUCCACUCAGCAAAAUAAAUCAAACGGGCUUGAAUUUAUCACGAUACGCUAUAUGGGGCGGGGCGCGGCGUGGUAGGUUGCCGGCUGAUGGGAUACCUCGGUCUUUCUCGAAACCACAAAUCAGGCUGUUACGGCUCCUUGACGUGGCCCCUCUAUGUUGGCACUCCUGCACACGUGGAAUCCGAGCACGCGUAGAGAUAGGCUGUUUAACGUUGUCCGCCAUUGCGCUCGUGUCCACUUCCGGUCGUCUUCACAUUGUUCUGCCGUCGAAGCAAAGUGAACGAGGGAGAGGGCAGAGUGCGGCAGAUGUUGCUCCACUAUGAACCAAUGCACGCGCAAAUCACGAAUGCUGAGUUCACUCUGCGAAGCACUUGGUAGGCGUCGUCGCUUGCGACUGUCGAACGCAUUUCAGGUCGAAAGAUCUGCUAUACUAGAAAACGCUUCUUUUGGUGCCAUUGGCCUCCGCGGAAUCCAACCAGAGUACGCGAACCAUCGCUCCUGAGUGUUUCGAGACACCUCUCGGGGAUCCUACGAAGCCACUUGAAGGAUUGCUUCCUGCAGUUCCUGUAUUCGAGGCUAGGCGUCUCUACCUAGCCGAGGCUUCGGUCGGGCAGCGGCCACCGUAACCGCAAUGGCGUGCUACAAUCGUCGUACCGUGGCACCCUUAUAACCUCCGACCUUUUUAUGUAUAACCGAGCUUGUUCGUCAGAUCCGAAGGCCCACUGAUUUUGCUACAAACCUUCAUUGAAGCCAGUCUGACUAUCCGCCACCUCUGAGCGCCCUAAUUAGACUUACGGUGGAUCCCGUUUUCUCCGUGGAAUUAUUGUUGAUUGCCUUGCCUUUUGUUUACCCUCCAGGAGUUGGCUGAUCGUUGCCAACAGUGUCGCAAGGUGAUCGCUGCCGCUAAGGAGAAGCAGGAGGGCGAAGCGAGGAAGAACGCCGACUUCCUACUAGAGCAGAUUGAGCAGGAGGAGGAAGAGCGGGCCAACAAGGAGGCCAUGCAGGCACGUAAGCGAGAACGCAAAAGGAACAAACGGAAGGCGAAGCUGGAGAAAGAGAAAAAGGACAAGGGUACCGAAGAGGCCGUUUCCGAGGAGAAUGCCGCAUCUGUGGAACGGACACCGGUAGAAUCCGAGGAGCCCGCGGACGCGGAAAAGUCCCGAGUAGCUGAGUCGAAAGAAGAAUCUAAGGACGUCAACAGGUUGGUACCUCGUCUACUCCUUCCCUACAUCAAUGCAGUUUUGCUUUCGCCCCCUUCGUGUGAUUCUUAUGCCUGUUGUUGUCUUUUUUAGGGGUGAAGCGCCGCCUACGUCACUUGCGAACAUAGUGCGGUCGGCCGCCCAAACCAUCACAGCCGGCUUGGCCGCCAGUGAUUCUGCCCACGUGCACAAUUUCCUAACCGAUUUGGAGGCAACCGGCUCUCAACGAAGGGAACCGGAGACGAAGGGGGCGUCCGUGUCCCAGGACUCCUCUUCCACCGUCUCCAGGCGCUCUCGGAAAGAGGCCCCUGUCAGCGCAACCUCGUCGGCCGAACCUGCUGCAGCACCCGCCCUAACCUCUGCGACUGAGCUGACUCUCCAAGCCGAAGCAACAGCUGCUGCUGCCGCGGCCGCCGUCACAGAGGCCAAACGCGAAAAGCAUCGCAACAAGAAGCAGAGUCAGAGAGCUCACAAACGAUCCGAGAACACUGCUGAUUCCCACCAUCAGCAGCAAUCGCAGCAGCAAGCUACUGAGGUCGCGUCGCUGUCAACCUCUACUGCUCAACGUUCAGUCUUUUACGACAGCGGUUUCUACGCGGACAUUCCUGUGGGCGAUGACAAGGGAUGGGAGAGCGUAUUCGACUCCCCGCCGCACCACUCCAACGACUCCAGCUCCUGGUUCGUUGUUCAACCAGCCAGUAGUAGUCGGAGUCACCGUUCAGCCAAUGUCCCCGCCUCCAACACGGGGACGGUGCAGGACUCCACCGACUGGAAGACCUCCACUGGCGGUAAUUUGUCCAAGCGCAAACUGGCCAUUCCUGUCUCAAAGCACGAUAUUGGCAAGAUAAUUGGUCAGGGCGGUGCCGUUGUCAGCGCCCUCCGCAACAUGUCUGGCAUUCAGAUUGACAUUGAAUCUGCUCGGGGAGAGGAAGUGACUGAGCGAAUGGUCUACUUGAAGGGGCCCUCAGAAAUUGUCCAGCGCACCUACGACACCAUUCAGGACUUGUUGAGUGGGGCUGUUGCAGGCAACGAUGUGAUCGCGAAGUAUGCGUCCAUGAAGAAGUCCUCUACGCAGUCCUCCUCCACGGGCGCCUCGACAACACGUCUGGGCGGCAAGUCUUCCACCCGUAAACCCUCCGCCGCAUCAAGUACCAAAACAGCGUCCAGUGCAUCCACCGGCUCCCGCACUGCGGCCGCACCGCAACCGCUGUUAGCCACCAAGUUGACAGCCUCCUCGGUGAUAAUGCCGCUGUGUGCAACCAUGAAACCCUCCCCCAACACUAACAAUAACAACACCAGUUCGGGCUUGACGUUAACUUCGGGCAAAACUACUGUUGGCAGUUCGUGGAGUGUGAAGCAACCGGUUGCCGCUGGCCAGAAAGGCAACUUUGCCGCCGUGGCUGCCGCUGGCGUUGUCUCCUCCCAACCGAAGGAGGCCACAUCUGCGAAGUCUAAGAACAACAAGGGGUCGGCGGCCUCCACCUCCGCUACCGCUGUGUCCUCCGUCGCACCGACUGCCCCGGCAGCAGGCCCAGUGCACGCGCCCGUAUCCCUGUGGUCUAUUUCUGCGUCAACACACCUAAACACCUCCACCCUAAACACUCCUCCCUCGGAUUCCAUGUCCCAACAGCCUCUUCUUGACGAACAGAGUUUCCCCCCGCUUUCUACUUCCACUCUCACGAAGGCUGUAACAACAGCGACGGUAUCGUUUGAAAGUGACCAGGUGCUCACGCCCUCCUACGAGCAGAGCAACUUACUUCCGACCUCGAAGAACGAUUUACUGUUGCAACAGCAGCAGCAACAGCAAAUGACUCAGCCUCUGGUCUUCACAGUCACGUCAUCCGCUCCCGGUGGGGGACCAACGAUGGGACAGGAGCCGGAUCACGCUCUGCAGUUUCAACGCAAUCGGCAACCCUCAAUGCAGUCCGGUGUCGCCGUUGGCUCAGCAGCCGUUGGCACGGCCGCCGUCGCUGCCAUCCCCACCUCAUCCGCCUUAAAGACAUCCACUGAUGCGGUGCUGAUGUAUACGAAACCGACCACCUCCCGAAUAAAUUCGAUAGAUACGCCCACCUCCUCCUCGUCGCGACCGUUUGCGCGUGCACCGGGCUCUGAACGAAGCGCGCACAGGAACGCUACCUCAGCUGCCAGCAGCAAUGCUCCCUCGGCUUCUCUCUCGGCAGUUACUGGUCUCCCAACCUUAGCGCCGUCCCUAGUCUCCUGUUUGAGUGAUCCCGGUGGUGUAGUGGUCACGCCUACAAAGCGCGUCGCCCAACCUCAGAGCAGCAACACUGCCAGCAGCGUUGCUUCCUCGAGCACAGUCUACCAGACGGGCACGACCUCGACCUCGGGUAUUAGCACUACCUGGCACUCGACAUCUGUCACCGCACCAAUCAACUCUUCACGCGGUAAGGGCGACAUCUCCCAGCCCACUCCCGAAGGCGCUGUGAGUGGCGAAUCACAGUUCUCGUCUGCGGUCGGAGCCAACGCUGCGAGGGUUGACGCUGAUCCGUCUUCGGCAGCCCUAAACCAGUUUGCCCCGAGCGCUGCUCGUUCUAAUUUAGACGCCUUGUUUGCACAACAGCGGGCUGUUAAUGGACAGUUCUUGAAUCAACCGCCCAUGUCUUCUGCUGCGAUGUGGACCGGGUCACAGGCACCAGGCGAUCUUAGUGCGACUUUCCAACAGAGCGGCUAUGAGUAUUCGCCUAGUGCCGAGGGCCUCCUGUCAAAGAGCCUAUACGCUGGUUCCAGUUCGCAAAAUCCGACUCAGUCUUCAUCUCAAAACUACAUGCUGUUCCAGGGGCGGGGUUACGACACCCCACUGCCUCCAGCUGAGGCCCUGUCCGCCGAAAUGUUUCCGCCGCACAUUCAGUCGAGCUACCGGUUGGCGCAUAAUGCCUCCGCCAAAGUUAAUGGUGUCUCUCCGGUGUCUGAAGUCCUGCCUUCCUGUGGCUCACCUCUUCCCGGUUUUACACUCCCGCCAAACCGUCCUAACACGCUGAAUUCGGCCUCCGGCUCGCUCUUCCAGCCUCGCUCUCAUGUCACCACCGCCGACUAUGCUGCUGCCCUCUUCAACGGCACCCACAACUCUGCAUUUCAUUCGAACCUUUCGCCGUCCCUGCAUACGGGUCUGUCUACACAACUACCAUCCUCUCGGAUGCAUCAUGCCUCCUCUUCCCAGUUGAGCAAUCUUGGCGGAACCGCUGGCGCCGUCCCUCCACAUCAUUUGACGCAUCUUGUGCCUCCGGGUCAAAUGCCGCUAGGCAUGCAUCCCAAACAGCAGUUGCAGCAGCAGCAGCAGACCCCGGUCACUGCCAAUUCAAAUUCCUUCCUGCACCAACCAUUCGCUGCUCCUGGCAUGAAUCAGUCGAAUCAUGCGGCGGGAACGGCAUCUGGCGAUCAGCAGGGCGCCGGGUGCUACAUUGGACACAUGUAUCCAGGUAUAUGAGUCUCGUCAGUGGUUGCUAUGCUGUUACAUUUUUGCCCUGCUAGUCCGCUUUUCGGCUACGCUUGAAGAGGCAUGUCGCCGUAGUGUCUGAGCUGAAACUCGGACGUCUCAGAGUCCCUCUAUCUGCUGACUAAGGGGCCUCUAACGAUGCAUAUCUGAUUUUCUUAUGGGCUGGGUAACACGUCUAUACCUUUCUACGCAUUCCGAUCUUGUCAACUUUUUCUUCAGGGCAUCGAAGGGCGUGUGGAAGAUGUUUAGUAAGGUUUUUUUCUGGGUUUCAUUCUUGCCCUACGUCAGCUGUUUGCAAGGCUGCUUUCGUCUGGGCGGGCCUUUGAAUUUGUGCUGCUAGGUACCCAGCAAAUAUUUUUAGCGGCUUCAAACCAAUUCUUUUAUUCAACAAAUACUUUACGACUGGUUUUUUUGCACCUUCGUAGAAAAACUUCUGCUCUUUCCAUGAAUUAGCAUUACGGCACGUCUUUCUCAAAGUUGUUAUGUUUAACUUCCUAGAACUCUAGUCGCUAGAAGGCCCAGUCUAUCAUUUUCUGAAAUAUGACAUGCCCUUAUAUCUUUAAAUGCCUGUUACGUUCGUUUUCAGAAGGCACGUGGAGACUUCUCGACACGUUUCUGUAAAGGCUGCGGUAUGCAUCCAGAGCAGCUGGUAUUCACUUUAAUCGCAAGCGACGAGUCUGUGGAUGCCACACCGUACGCAUAUUUAUGUGUUUUUGAGGAAAUGAAGCAAAUCAACGAAUGUUUAUCAUUAAACCACGCUGGCCCUUCGGAUAGAAGGGUUUGGGAAGACGAACUUCUUUGUAAGGCGUGAGGUUUUAUUGAUCUUUCCGGUAGUAACCACUCGACCGCAGAAGCACCAAACAUGUUACUUAACGCGCACGUUCUUUUUUCCGGCUGGAGAUUCUUACGCCACUAUAUAUGUAUUAACUGCAGAAUAUAUCCUGUGUAUCGGUAGUGCGAACGCCAACGUGAGAAGACUUACGGGGCCUGUUUUAAAACAGGACUUCAAGUGAUAGUCCAGGGUUUCCCGACAAGCGCUUCCAUCCUUCUGAAAGGCUGCUGCUGUUUAACAAUUGAUAGGUGUUUUGGCAGAUUAUGAAUAAUUCAUUUUGACUCAAUUGUGAAAAACUCGGUGGGAUUCGAAUCCACGACAGCCACCUGAGCUACCGAGGCCUCACGGGGGGCCGGGAGUUUAAUCACAUUUGGAUAAAGGUACCCGCCCAGUCUAAAAAUACUACCUAAUCACACGUUAAGUAAAUGACCUCGACAGGCAUAUGGUCGAUUUCAGAUUGAUUGCUCAGGAAUUCCGGCGGAUUCCAAAAGUUGCAGUAGGCUACGCGUGUAACUUGACCUAGAUGUGAUUAAGCUAAGGGCUCCCGUUUGGCCCCGUGGAUCAGGCAGUUAGUUCAGGCUGUACUUAGGUCUUGCCCUUGCUAUCGUGGGUUUAAAUCCCACAGGGACCGCCGAGUUUUUCGCAAUUAACCUAUCCCCCGAAACAUUAAUUCCCUGGUGAGGAUCUAAUUUUUGUCGCAAUCAUUUGUCCUUGUCCCCUCUUUUCUUUCUGUUGUACAUUGACGUCAUGCAUCAUGUUGCAUUUAGGCGGGUAGUUACCGGUUUGCUCAGGACCUUGGGACAUCACCACCUGACUGUUCUCCCUUCCCCCACCUCAUUUUCUACUUAUAUUUCGUCCUUGCGACCCGAAAACUUCACGACUGUAGCUCCUUUUCACAAAGUAAAACCUCUUCUUUAAAUUCCCCAGGGGGUCCAACUGGGCACACCUUCCAAAAUACGGCCGCGGCAGUUGCACCAACCUCUGUGGUUGCCUCGGGGCCGCACCAGUCCUCACAGCCACCAGCUCCGAUUGGAGCAGAGCGUAGACGACAGGCGGCUGCCUCGGCCGUGAGCACUGUUGCCGCUACCGGCGGUAGCACUACCUCCUCGGACCUGCAGGGCACCUCUUCGGUAAACGGUCUGUACUCGCAACCGCAACAGCAGACACCCACCUUUGCUGGAAAUCCGCUGAAUCCUAGUCCGGCCAAUGCGGCCACCAAUCCCAUGUUGAUGGCAUUUACCAUGAACUUGAUGCAGCAACAACUGCAGUCACAGGGCUCCGCUCGCGUAUCUGGCUCCUCUGCUGGUGGCCAUGCCAACUGGCCCCUUCACCAUCCUGCCCUCUGGUCCCAGGGCGUUAGUAAGUGAUCACUCUGGACACUGCUUUUCGACUCGUCAAUUCCCUCUUUAUUAGUGGAGUAGUUCGUCUCUCCCCUCCCCCCAUCCCCUCCCAAUCGGGCAGAAGGGUCUUUGUCUGAUUGUUUUCCCCUUUUUGGUAGUCAUUACGGCAUGUUCCGACGAACCUAUUCCUAACACUAUGCUGACGGAGAACAGGCUGCCAUUGUUACCGCUACUGGCCUGGAAACCACUGAUCCGGGUGUUUAGAGCCUGGGUGGAUCUAGUUCAGCAGUCGAUUUUUUUGGUAUACGCAAGGGCAGUUUACUGAUGCAUGCCAUUGCACAACUAGAGCCAAACUCAACGUGGUCAACAAGGUGACUGUAUAAUGGGUCGCCAUGUCCUCACUGCGCCUUUCCAGGCUCCGGCAAUAAUCAGCAGAUCACGGCAAGGUCUCAGCUAACUCAUAUCUGAUCGGCAACGGCUGUUGGUACUUCCAGGGUGAAAGUGUAGUCGGUGGUUAAGGGGUAGCGUGCGUGCAGUUGAUUUCGUAGUUGCUGCCUCCUGGUCGCCCGAGUAAGCGAAGUCUGUAACGAGAAUGAGGGGUGCGGAGAGGUGCUGUUUCCGUCUAUAUUGUUCGCGUCACGUCUCUGAUUCCAGAUAGUCGUGGCAAGGUCUGUUGAGGCGGUAAGCCGUCAUCUCGCACUUUUUUUCUGGCCGUCUUCUGUCCGAUUUCCCUGGGUCGAAUUUUAUCACUCGAGCGACUACUGUCAUCUUUUGUUAGGCCAGUGGCUCACAAGGAACGAUUGGGAGGCGUCUGCGCUCCGCUUCCCGUGAAAUUAUUGCCUUCUUCACUCCCCUGGGUGAACACACCUUUUAGAAUGCUGCAUCACGAGUUCGUCAGUGUGGCGGUCCGUUUCUUAAACUGUAUUUCUGCAAUAUCUGUGCAGGGCCGAUAGUGGAUGCGCAAACCAGAUAUUCACACAGGCGCAUUCUCGAAUUUCGCCAUAGCUACCAGCAACCGACGGUCGUCUGCUUUAUUGAUUUUGCCGCCGCGUUCGAUUCCGUUCAUCGUGAGUCCCUGUGGCGGAUAAUGGCGUUAGAUGGUGUGCCGGCAAAAAUAAUCGCCAUGAUCUAGGCCUAGUAUCGCUCCACUACUGCGGGAGUCCUGGCUCGCAACAAUCUUUCCCACCCGUUCGGUAUUCAGUUUGGCGUUCGACAGGGUUCUAUCCUGUCACCCAUUCUGUUCAACUGUGCUAUUGACUGGAUCCUCGGGAGGGCCCUACACGAGGGUGACGGCGUCAAGUUUGCACCCGGACACCGACUGACUGAUCGUCACGCGUGGAGAGGUACAGUUCUUGACAUCAUCGAGGCCGGCUAGAUCAGGCAUGAUGGCAGCCGUAUAAAGUACAAGGGGCCGAUAGGAAUUUCUUGAGACGCAGUUGCAAACUCUGGUCGUCAUGCUGACCGUUGCGAUCCCCUACAUCGCCCUCUCGUGAUUAUUUAUUUGCACUUUGGGCGCCGAGUUGAGUAGUGCACCUACUCACACAGGGAAUAUCGUAGAUCGAAGUAACCAUAGGAAGUUUUAUGAGGUCAGUUAAGACCUUUUUAACCAUCAUUUAUCGUAGCGCUGAAGUUUCCUUUUCUGCUUACUAUCUAAACCCUGUUCAGACAAGAUUUCAUUUGUUGUUCUGAAGGCAAGCUGCAUCUUCUUUGUGUAGAUAGCGGACUGGCAAAUCCGGGCGGAUCUAAUCAGGCCCAGCAACAGUCUCUGAUGGCAAACGCUGCCGUUGCCGUCGCUGCGCUGGCCAACACGGGACUCUGGCCGCCGGCUGCACCCACCGCGAGCGGGGCUGGCCAAUUGCCGGGCGCCGUAGUGUCCAACGCCGGUGGUAGUGGCAGUUGGAUGCUUCCGUCUCAACCGUCUGUCCAUUCGCAGUACCCGCCGCCUCCUCGGCCAAUGAACAGUGGGACCAGUGGCUCCUCUUCCUGCAUGAUGUCCGCCAAUGCCCAGGCUAGUUCAGCUGGAGCGAGCAACCUUCUCGAUGAGCAGUAG